AUACGUCCGUGUUGCAACCGAAGCCGAUGCAACUCGGUGCUGGAUUUUUUCCGUCGCGUCGAUCGUCUCGCUUCAAUCCAAUUUGAAAACAACACGGAUUUGUGUGUGUGUGUGUCAUAAAGUCGUUUCAUUGUAUUUUCUCCCCGUUGUUGCUCGAGUCUGUAUUUAUAUUGAGUUGAGGGUAUAAUCGGCAUCGUUCGGCGUCCGAGCAGACAGCUGGCAGACGGAUUGAUUGCAUCUCGACUUCGGAUGCUACCUCCAACCAAGAGGCGCAGAUGCGGUCUGUCUGGCUCCAAAAAGCCUCUCUGAGCUGAAACCUGAGGUCUGGCCCCCUAAUCAUGGAUACCCAUGAGAGACUUGACUGUGAUGCUCGGGGGUGAGGAAGAGCAAGGCUGAGGAGGAGGAGGAGGAGGAGAUGGGCUGCACCUCCGCCAAGCAGGUGUCUGCAGUUCCCAACAGUGAAGAGGACCAGAGCAAAGCUCACAGCAAUGGAGACCUCUUCUCGGAUGAGUACAAGAUGAAAGGAGUGGAGAAAGUCAAGUACAUCAGCGGCGAAGAGGCAGGAGUGGACGGCCAGGACAGCACUGAGAAAAGCGCUUUACUUGGAAAAAAUCAACUCAUGGAUGAAACAGAUGGAAAGAUACUGAGUAUUCAUUCCUCAGAGAGCCAGCAAGAAUUCUUCAGGAUGCUUGAUGAGAAAAUUGAAAAGGGCAGGGACUACUGCUCAGAGGAAGAAGACAUGACAUAGCACCAUGCUCAAGCAUCCAUCCGUCAUCAGAUGGCAAAGAUGCCAGUAUUGGAAUGGUCAGUACCAUUACACCCGUCCAAAGGGGAGAAGGACAAUACUGAGCAACUUCUCGCCUUCCUGCUCAUUACGAAGCUCCUUCUUGUCUAAUCCAACGACCUAAAAUCAAAGACAAUACUGAGCAAUUUCUCGCCUUCCUGCUCAUUACGAAGCUCCUUGUCUAAUCCAACGACCUAAAAUCAAAGACGGUUGACGAGAGGACUUCGGUUCAGUUUAUUUUAUUGAAAAGCCAUCACAGGAUGUCAGGGAUUUGGGGAUCAAGAGGAACUCUUCCCUGCUUGGAAGUCAAUAUACAUGGUUGGACGUUUAUGACAAGUCAGAAAAGUGGGCUUCAUGCAUGAAUGUUUCUUAUUUUUCACUUAUUUAUAGAGAAAAAUAAGAUGCAUAUUAUACUACCACCUAAAUUUGAUACAAAAUUUAUACAAAAUACAUCCAGUGUCACAGUAAUGUUCCUUGAAAUGGAUUGAUAGGUUUGAUUGAACUGAAUUUCUUUGCCUUGAGUCAUGUUUUCAUGAUUUGCUUUUUCAUUGAUAGUUUUAAAUUAGCUUCAGAUGAAGCUUGCGGAUUAAAAGAUAACAACAACAAAAAAGAUGAACAAUUGAAUUAGUUGUAUGUACAAUAACAGAGUAAUACUAUCCGCACAGAUGUUUCAUGCAUGAGGCCCACUCUCUCUAUCUGCCUCCCUGAAAGUCACCAGGUUGGCUUCUGAAUUCCAGAAAACAGUAUGAAUCUCUUUUCUACAAUUUCUGGGCCAAAUCUAAAUGUCGGCCAACAUUCCUUUGUAAUAUAUUUAUGUGAAACAAGGCUCAGGGUCGCUUCCUGUCAUCACUGCACAUUAAGACACUUGCACGCACUCACACGAUCGGCUUUCUAUGUAAUGACCCGCUUGGGUGAAGUCACGCAUUAGUCGGAGUCUGUAUUUCACUCACCAGUGUUACUGUGCAAGUCUAUGUUGGUCUUCUGUUUUUCUAGAAAAAAAUAAAAGUGGUUUUAAACUUAUCUCCACUGCUGUGAACCCACAUUUAUUAACUGUCAACAAAAGUACAACCCCAA